UGAGAACCACUGUAUUAGCAGGACAGGAGGGUUGUAAAUAAUUAAGUUAGCUAAAGCUAGCAGCUAGCCUAAUACGGAAUCGUCCCAUAUUUGGCUUUUAAAAGUUGCCUCCCCUAUUAAACCAUUAAGGGACGCGAUUUGUUUUGUAUUUCUAUGAAUAUCUGAUACAUAAACCUGUCACAGACACAUAACCGCGCACUAUGUAAGAAUGAUCGAAAUAAAACUCAGGAAAUAUUAACACAGGAAAGCUAAAGCUGCUGUGGCGGCAGUGCCCAGCUAUGGUCCAACACUUAGCCCUCCUGGGUGCAUUUCUUUCACUCAUAUGUAUUAUGGAUUCUUUAAUUAAAGAUGAGUUGUUCAAGUUCAUGUGUGUAUCAGACAAAUUAGUCAUCAGAGUCACUAAAGCCCUUAAACUCAAAAAGGUUGGUGACCUAUUUUACCAACCUUUUUGGCAGGGGGACACUUGAGUUUAAAUGUCUUAUUCAAUACCACUACAGUGGUGUUGUGAUGUAUCUGAUAAGUCAGAUCAGAUGUAAUGUCCAAUCAGUAACUGUUAUCCAACAAGGAGAUGAUUUAAAUUAAACUUUAAUUUCUAUUGUAGUUUGACUGCUGUAUUUUUUAAGCCUAUUUAACACAAAAUUUAUGUCAUUCAGCUGUGAUGGUGGAGAGAAAGAAGAGAAGAUGAUGAAAGAGGAAGAAUCAGGACAGACAGGGGAAGGCAACAGAGUGGACCAGCAGAGCUCAGAGGUUCUCAGUGGUCCGUCUGCCCAGCAGCAUCAAACACAGCUGGACUCCAUAUUUAUGACGCUGGAGGACAACAUUGUCACUUUUCUGAAGAACGAAUUGAAGAAGAUCCAUAAGAUUCUGAGUCCAGAUGACCCAGAAUGCUCAGAGAGUCAGAGAGAAGAUGAGGUGUUGGAAGGUGAGGAUGAAGAGCAGGGGAGGAGCAGUAGAGAGGCAGUGAUGAAGAUCACACUGAACUUCCUGCGGAGGAUGAAGCAGGAGGAGCUGGCUGACUGUCUGGAGAAACGUCUUGCUGCAGUUUGUCAACAUCAACUUAAAUCUGGUUUGAAGAAGAAGUUCCAGUCUGUGUUUGAGGGGAUUGCUAAAGCAGGAAGUCCAACCCUUCUGAACCAGAUCUACACAGAGCUCUACAUUACAGAGGGAGGGACUGGAGAGGUCAAUGAUGAACAUGAGGUCAGACAGAUUGAAACAGCAUCCAGGAAACCACACAGACCAGAAACAACAAUCAGACAAGAAGACCUCUUUAAAGUCCAACCUGGAAGAGAUCAACUAAUCAGAACAGUGAUGACAAAGGGAGUGGCUGGCAUUGGGAAAACAGUCCUAACACAAAAGUUCACUCUGGACUGGGCUGAAGACAAAGCCCACCAGAACAUCCAGUUCAUAUUUCCAUUCACGUUCAGAGAGCUGAAUGUGCUGAAAGAGAAAAAGUUCAGCUUGGUGGAACUUGUUCAUCACUUCUUUACUGAAACCAAAGAAAUCUGCAGCUUUGAACACUUCCAGGUUCUGUUCAUCUUUGAUGGUCUGGAUGAGAGUCGACUUCCUCUGGACUUCCACAACAAGGAGAUCCUGACUGAUGCUACAGAGUCCACCUCAGUGGACGUUCUGCUGACAAACCUGAUCAGGGGGAAACUGCUUCCCUCUGCUCUCCUCUGGAUAACCACACGACCUGCAGCAGCCAGUCAGAUCCCUCCUCAGUGUGUUGGCAUGGUAACAGAGGUCAGAGGUUUCAAUGAUCCACAGAAGGAGGAGUACUUCAGGAAGAGAUGCAGAGAUAAGCAGCAGGCCAACAAUAUCAUCUCCCACAUGAAGACAUCACGAAGCCUCCACAUCAUGUGCCACAUCCCAGUCUUCUGCUGGAUCACUGCUACAGUUCUGGAGGAUGUGUUGGACACCAGAGAGGGAGGAGAGCUGCCCAAAACCCUGACGGAGAUGUACAUCCACUUCCUGGUGGUUCAGACCAAAGUGAAGAAGGUCAAGUAUGAUGGAGGAGCUGAAACAGAUCCACACUGGAGUCCAGAGAGCAGGAAGAUAAUCAACUCUCUGGGAAAACUGGCUUUUGAUCAGUUGCAGAAAGGAAACCUGAUCUUCUAUGAAUCAGACCUGACAGAGUGUGGCAUCGAUAUCAGAGCAGCCUCAGUGUACUCAGGAGUGUUCACACAGAUCUUUAAAGAGGAGAGAGGUCUCUACCAGGACAAGGUGUUCUGCUUCGUCCAUCUGAGUGUUCAGGAGUUUCUUGCUGCUCUUUAUGCUCAUCGAACCUUCAUCAAAUCUGGGGUCAACCUGAUGAACGAAACAUCUCAGAAGUCUUUAUUAUUUAAUAAACCUAAACUAAAGGUUCUCCAUCACAUAGCUGUUGACCAGGCCUUACAGAGUCCAAAUGGUUACCUGGACUUGUUCCUCCGCUUCCUCCUGGGACUUUCACUGCAGACCAAUGAGAGACUCUUAAAAGGUCUGCUAACACAGACAAGAAGUAGCUCACAGACCAAUCAGAAAACAGUUCAGUACAUCAAGGAGAAGAUCAAUGAAAAUGUGUCUGCAGAGAAAAGCAUCAAUCUGUUCCACUGUCUGAAUGAACUGAAUGAUCGUUCUCUAGUGGAGGAGAUCCAACAGUCUCUGAGUUCAGGAAGUCUCUCCACAGAUGAACUGUCCCCUGCUCAGUGGUCAGCUCUGGGUUUCAUCUUAGUGUCAUCAGGAAAAGAUCUGGAUGUGUUUGACCUGAAGAAAUACUCUGCUUCAGAGGAGGUCCUUCUGAGGCUGCUGCCAGUGGUUAAAGCCUCCAACAGAGCUCUACUGAGUGGCUGUAACCUCUCAGAGAGAAGCUGUGAAGCUCUGUCCUCAGUUCUCAGCUCCCAGUCCUCCAGUCUCAGAGAACUGGACCUGAGUAACAACAACCUGCAGGAUUCAGGAGUGAAGCUUCUCUCUGCUGGACUGAAGAGUCCAAACUGCAACCUGGAAACUCUCAGCUUAUCAGGCUGUUUGGUCUCAGAGGAAGGCUGUGCUUCUCUGGCCUCAGCUCUGACCUCCAACCCCUCCCAUCUGAAAGAGUUGGACCUGAGCUACAAUCAUCCAGGAGACUCAGGAGUGAAGCUGCUGUCGGCUGGACUGAAGGAUCCACACUGGAGACUGGAAGCUCUCAGGGUGGAGCCUGCUGGAGUCCCAUUCUUGACACCAGGUCUGAGGAAGUAUUCCUGUCAACUCACCAUCGACACAAACACAGUGAGCAGAUUCCUCAAACUGUCUGAAGACAACAGGAAGGUGACACAUGUGAAGGAGAUUCAGUCAUAUCCUGAUCAUCCAGACAGAUUUGAUUACUGGCCUCAGCUGCUGUGUAGAACUGGUCUGACUGGUCGCUGUUACUGGGAGGUCGAGUGGAGAGGAGGAGUUAAUAUAUCAGUGAGUUACAGAAGAAUCUGGAGGGAAGGAAACAGUGGAGACUGUUUGUUUGGAGAGAAUGAUCAUUCCUGGAGGCUGAGCUGCUCUGAUGAUGAUGGUUACUCUGUGUGUCACAAUAACAGAGAAACUCAUCUCUCCUCCUCCUCUAACUCUAACAGAGUAGCAGUGUAUGUGGACUGUCCUGCUGGCAUUCUGUCCUUCUACACAGUUUCCUCUGACUCACUGAUCCUCCUCCACACCUUCAACACCACAUUCACUGAACCUCUGAUUCCUGGAUUUGGGGUCUGGUGGUUCAGUUCUGGUUCCUCUGUGUUUCUGUGCUGAGUUGACUCUAAUGAGUCUAAUGAGUCUAAAGAGUCUAAAGAGUGUUACGUUGCACAAAAUUUGAGACCAAACUUCAGCUUUAGGAAAAAACAAACACAGCUUUAAUUAACAUUUGCAAAUGGAGAAAUCAUACAAAGCUCACAUCUAAGUGAGAAUCGGAUGAGUUCUGACUUGGGGCUGAACGUCCCCUCAUCUACAUAGGAUACAUCACACAUUACUUAGUCACACCCCCUGACUCAAGUGUCAGGCAAAAAUCUAUAAGUUACUUAUCUGUAAGUUUAAGUUGAGCAGGGUUGCAUACACAUUCACAGCUCAAGUUUGGACAUAUUCUCUUUGUUUUUUGUGGAUAAGACACCCUUUUAGGUUUAUCUAACGAAACGUAAUAGAUAACUUCUACUUUCUUUCUGUGUCCAAACAUGUAUUUCUCCAAAAAGGCCUCUCUGCAGAAGGCUGAUACUGAUACUAGUAACUGAACUUUUACAAAAUAGGCUUAUCACUUUAGCCAUGUCUAACAUCUCUAACCGCUGAACACCCUGUUCUUAACUUAUUUGCGGAGGGUCAUAAGAGAAUAUGUCCUGCUGAACUGCAACUGAGUGCAAACCUUUAAUGAAAACAUCAUGAAGUCUGCGUUCAAAGUAAUUAAACAUUGUUAAUUAAUUUUUCCUUCACUGAGUCUAAAGAUUUUCUUCCUGUCAGAGAAACUCUCUCACUGUUGA